AUGACUCGCUCGUCGUGUUCAUCGUGCUCUCCGCCGUCGUGCGGUCGACCGUCGACAAGUACAAGUCGGACAAGUUGCGCUGUUGGCCCAGCAGCGUCGCCGUCGCCGUCACCGUCACUCGCCCGUCGCACGCGUUUGCUCGGCGCGCUCACGAUCGGGCUGCUCGCACUGGGCGCGGCACCGGUCACACGAGCGGCUCGAUACGAACCCCCGGGCAAUCAGGUCUUGUUCGGUGCUUGGUUCGAUCCGGCAACAGGUUAGUGAAUCCACAUCUUGGGUGCUAGUCGUAACCUUUUUUUGCCUCCCCCCCUCCCCCGUCGACUUCAGGGCAAGGCCAAGAGGGAUCGUGUCAGGUGUGAUUCCGUACGGCCAGGGGCGGCCCAGGCGUGCGGGGGUGGGUGCGCCGAAUGCUGGGUGUGCAGAGAAGGUCGCAUCGGCGUGUGGGAACGCAGAGGUGCCGACAGGGUUCUUGAUCGUACAAAACGGAUCCCCGGGCUCAUCGCGGUCGAAGAUAGCUCUCGUCGUCGAUGCUCCCGAGGACGUCACGGUCGUCAAUGGCUCCGACGGCCGACUCGCUCGGCUCAGGCGAUGAUCAUCACUCCGCCUGACGUCGCCACUCGGGCGCCGACAACUCCGUGCUCGCACAGAGCCGCCUCUCGACGAUUUGCGAUCAUCACACCCAACAGCCCAUCGAAUAACGGAAUUCGUGCCCGCAGUCCCAGGUACUGACACAUCAUUUUGACCCGCACUGCCCGUCGCUUGCAGGUUACAGUGACACACCCGACGUGUUCAACCAGCGGUUAGGCCAGAACGUGCCCGUCUUCCAGCUCGCGCAAGAAAUUCCUUUACCGCCUUUCAACUAUGUCACUGGUGUCGGUGGCCCCGCCCCUGCAAGGGUUAGCCAGAAGUCUCUCGUGUCCAGAUUUGCGACUCCACUCGUUCUGACGCCCUCCUGAUGUGCUCGUCCGUCACAGCUCAUCGAGGCAACCAACACCGACGCUGCCAUCUUCUUGACCGUCUAUCCGGCCACCGGGUUUGCAGCCGUCGCAACCAGUGACUUCACUGCCUUGGGGUCCCAGAUUCUUGAGUGUAGGUCGUGCAUGGACUUGGUGUGGCGCUCGUAUCGGUGGGUGUGGGCGCUGAUGUGGUCUGGUGAACCCCCUUGCUCGCUUGGGCCCCUCCUACCUCUCACAGACCAAGUCAAAUACAACCGAACGGUCUUCUUGCGCUACGCACCCGAAAUGCAAGGAACAUGGAACCAGUACGGCCAGCAACCCACCGCGUUCAACCAGUCGUGGCAUCAAAUGUACAAUGCCGUCAAGGCGAUCGCACCCGACACGAUCAUGGUGUGGGCGCCGAAUACCGUUCAGGGGUGAGUUCUAUGCCUGACACCGGCGGUAACGAAUAGUGACUGCGCCGUCGCCAAAUUUGCAUCGUAUGCUGACUCCCAGUUCCGCCUUCACUUUCGUUCAGAUACCCUUACGGUCAAUCGUUCGCUGCCACCUCGGCUGCUGAUUUCGCCUUGCUCGACACGAACGGGGACGGCGCCAUCACUGUCGCAGACGACGGGUUCGCUCCUUACUACCCUGGUGACGAGGUUGUCGACUGGAUCGGACUGUCCAUCUACUACAAAGGUCAAGAUGCGGCGCAACAAGAGAACGAGGUCCAGAACCCAGGCUAUUGCCAUAAUGUCAUCAUGGGGCUGAACCCGCAAACGCGCACCACCAUCACGCCUUGGUACACCAACUACUGCAUCAACAAGCCCACCAAGGCUUGCAUGUUCGCCGAAUGCGGUGCUGCUUACCACACCAACCACACGGACGGCGCGACCCAAGCCGCUCUGCAGCAAGGCUGGCUCAGCGACUGCGUCACCAACACCACCUUCCUCGACACGUUUCCCCGACUCAAGCUCAUCAUGCAGUUCGAGUACGAAAAGUUCGAAAGCGACAACACCGGAGCGCAGGACAUGCGUGAUUACCGAGUGACCAACGCCACCGCCGUCGCCCGAGAACUUACGUCCGACUUCCGCGCCAUGGGCACCCGAUUCCUCUGGGCGAACGAGCGAGCGCCGCCUUUGAACUACACCCAACCGCCGACGCCUGCGGCUACCGUCAACGGUGACGGCCAGACUAUCAUCGCCAUCAUCACGGCGACCACGCGAGGUCGCGACAUGUCGUUCCCCUCGCUCUUCGGCGUGACUGGCGGAGCGGCGCAAAAGCAGGAGUUCAUCGAGUUGGGCAUCAUGAUGACGGCGUUCACUGUCGGAGCGCUCGCGGUGAUGCGAUAUCUGUGA